AGUUUUUGUGUAUAAUUUGAUAAAUAAUAAUAGAAUAAGUGUAUAAAAUUUGUUGCUUUUUUGUUAAGAAAUUAUCGAUUUUUUAAUUUUACCACAUAAUAAUAAAGAAUAUAUUAAUGUAUUGAACGAAUUUAAAUAUAAUAAAUAUGUUUUAAAUACUGAGUUUUUUAAUUCAUUUUAAAUUUGUAUUAAUGAGGUUCUUUUUGUUUAAUAGUUUGGUAAUUUACAUAUGUAAGAAAUCGAAAAUAAAAUCGAACUUAUUUAAAUUAUUUAUAAAGUUAAAAAUUCAGUUUUUUAAUAACUACCUAGUGAUUGCAUUUAAAAAAUUAUCGAUAUUUAAUAUGAAAUUAUCAAUGAAUAAGUACAUUAAUAUAGUUAAUUUGAUGUAAAAAAUUUAUAAUAUAUAACAAAUGGAAUUUUAGGAAAUUGCUUUUAAUUAAUUAUUAAUGAUAUUAUUCCAGCUUAUUUAUCUGUAUGGGAUAUUUAAGCGAUGAAAGUCUGGUUUGUUUUAGAUGAUUAUUGGUUUGAGUUAUUAUUGCAUGGUAUUAAGGUUUAUCUCUAAUAGAUUGACUGUAAUAUUGAUUUAGAGUCUUUAAUUAUUGAAAAAAUAUAAGAUUUAUAUCAAUUA